GACUUUGAAUUUUAACAAUAAAUAAAUUUACAAUGUUGGCAACAUCUGUUCCUUUAAGUUUCAUGUCUUUGUUUUGAUUUGUACUUGUUGCAGUCAGCUUUGAAUUUCGUAAAUUUUUAGUUGAAAAUGUUAACUCCAGCAUUUGAAUUAUCUCAAACUGAUAAGUUCUUAGUCGUCAGCAUUCAAGUACCAUUUGCAAAGGUUUCCGAUGUACAAGUUGAGUUUGAAGACCAUGAUUUUAUGUUUUAUUCUAAACCAUAUUUUUUGAGAUUAAACCUUCCUGGUAGAGUUACUUACACGGAAGAACCAUCUAUAAAAUAUGAUUUUGAUAAGAGAAUAUUUAUUAUUAAUGUCCCCAAAGUUCAAGCAGGGGAAGUUUUUGAAAAUCUAGACUUAAUAACUAAACUUCUAGCUCCAAAGAAAGGAAAAACAAAUCCCUCACCAUUGAUAGAAGUUAUUGAAGGCUGUGAGGAUAUAGAAAGUGAUGAAGAAUUUGAUUGGAGUAUUGAACAAGUUCCUUCAUCAGAUGAUUUUGGUACUUUAAAUAUAAUUGGACAACAAUGUGGUUUUGGAAAUAGCUAUUCUUUCUCAGUGUUUAAUCUAAAAGAAGAAGCUGUAGAAAUAUUUGAUGUUGAAGAUCCUCAAAAUAAGACACCAAAAAUGAAACGAGAAGAACGGUUAAAGAUGGAAGCAGAAAAAUUUGAUGAAGACCAUUACAUAGCUGACUUAUAUGAAGAUGAUAUUGUUCAACAAGUUUUGAAAUAUCAACCUGAUUGGGAAUUACUGUAUGAAGAGAUGUUUAGUGACUCGUCUCAAAAUGUUGAUGACAAAAUUGUUUUUACUACAGAAGAAAAGGAAAAGUUAAUGAAGUUACCAAACAAGGAAUAUUUGCUCAAUAAAAUGGAGAGAAUGAAGGCAUUUUAUUCUCUAAUUGAUAUACUGUUUGCUUAUGCUUACAACAAACGCACAACUGAAGGAGAAAAUACUGUUGAAUCUGCUUGGUCUAUCAACAAACUUAGUGCUACUCUAUCUUGGCUAGAAACUUAUGAGUCCAUUGUAGAUGUUGCACGCACUUGCAUAAGAAGAUCGUUGUGUUAUCCUCUAUGCCGACACUUUGAAUUAUCUGUUACAGUGCUAGAAGAUGUCAGAAAAAUUCUUUUGUUAGGUAGGAAAUAUGUUAUCAAAUGUUUAUUAGAAAUCCAUCAGUUAUUUAAUCUAAGUGAGCCAAGAUAUAUCCUAAAUGAUUUGUUCAUAACUGAUUUCUGUAUAUGGAUGCAAUCAAAAAAAUGCUCAACCAGAAAGUUAGAACCAUUGGCUAAUAAUUUAGGAAAGGUUUUAUUAACCAAAGGGGACAUUGGUCUUAACCUUGUUGACAUUGAAAGCUUUGCUGCUGUUGCUUGGAUGUCUCAAGCCAACCCAAAAUGUUCAGAAACUAAUGCCGUGAAGUCUGAAAAGUCUUGCCAAAAAGAUACUGCUUCCUUGGAUACUCUAAAUUGUGAUUUAAGUAAAUUAUCACUGUCAGACAGUGGUGAUGAAAACGAAAACAAUUGUGAGAAUUUCGAAGGCUCUCAAAGCAGCACUUCUUCUGAAUCCUACUCAGACUAUGAAAUUUGCAGUUCUUGUACUUCCCACUGUAGUGAGUCUGACCUUAGUACUUUUGAAUCCUCUGAAAGCUGUGAUGAAAAUGAUAAUGUCGAAGUUUAGUCAUUUAAGUUAACUAGGGUGACCACAGAAAAAGAAAAUCAAGGUAAACAGGGAAAUUUAUCAAUCUAGAAAUAUCAGAAAAGUUAAUAAAUAUGUCUAAAAAGAUCAGGUAAAGGACAUUGAUUUUAGGUACUUUGAGAAUCCAAUAUAUUUUCCAAAAAAAUCUGUGCUAAUUCUGUUCUUUCUAAUUCUCAAUUUUAGUUUGCAUUUAUAUAUAUAAAAUUAAAUUGCAUAAUUUAAGUUGAAUUACCAUUUAUUUGAAAAUAUUGCACUACCAAAAUUUUCAAUGUUAAGGUACAGUAUUUCACUAUUGACAAGUAUGCUAAGUGUGAUAAAGAAAAUUACUAAUAAUUUAUUCUUACCUUUGAUAUGUCAUAAAUAUUAACAGCAGCAUAAAUUUAAAUAAAAUAUCUAUGUGGUCCAUUAAAUCUCUUUCAUUUUGGUUUAAUCAAUACUAAAUAAUUUAAAUUGAAUUAAAAUUUAUUAGAAAAUAUUCUAUCAAAAAUUUUUGUUUUUAAUAUUAAAAGACAAUUUUUCAUUAUUGACAUUUAUGUUAAAUGAUAAAAUUUACUAACAAUUAUUCUUAUUUUUGAUCUACUAUAAAUAGCAACAGCAUAAAUUUAAAUAAAAUAUAUGUAUUGUCCAUUAAAUCUCUUUGUUAUGGUUUAAUCAAUAAAUAUAUGUGUAUAUGUCCUGAAAGUUUUUAUGUCAUUAAUGCAUUUGAGUUUAUGAAAUUUUGUAAGAAUUGUAUAAUUUAAAAAGAAAUUGGCAAGUUGAAUUAAUAUUUAUUAGAAAAAAUGCACUAUAAAAAUUUUUUGUCUUCAAUAUAUUUAUGCUAGUUUACUAAAACUUACUUUUAUCAUUAAUCUGUCUUAAAUAACAACAGCAUAAAUUUAAAUAAAACGUAUGUGUAGUGCAUUAAAUUUCUUUAUUUUAAUUUAAUCAAGUAAUACAUAGAACUUAAAAGGUUUUUAUGUCAUUCAGGUCUUUGUAUUUAUGAAAUUUUAUAAGUUGAAUAUAGUUUUAUAUAAUUUUAUAAGUUUUUUUUUUUAAGUUUAAUUAACAUUUAUUAGAAAAUAUUGCACGAACAAAAAUUUUCAUCUUCAAAAUUAAGAACCAGUGGACAUUCUUACAAACUAAACAAAAUUUACAGUGACUAAUAUAACAGUAACUGAAAGUUACUCUUUCCUUUUAUUUGUCAUAAAUAGCUGCAUAACUUUUAAAUAAAAUGUGUCAUCCAUUAAAUCUCUUUGCUGUUACCUCUCUGAAUUAUUUCAUUUAAAAUGUUUGUUUGGUUUAUUUUUGUACUGAUUCAUUUUCUUAAAAAUUGCUUUUUUUUUUAUUAAAAAAAAUUCUUAUACCAACUAAAAAUGUUUUAUAAUAUAUUUUAUGCAGAUGAAUAACAUUUAACCAAAAAGCCUUCAUUUUAUGCCUUCAGUUACAAAAUUAAUAAAAUUAGAUAGUCAAUAAAAAUCAGGACAUUUUUUUUCUUCUUUUUCUGAAUAAUUGUGGCCAUCUUGUUAACCUAGAAAGCAUUUAUUUUCAAGAAUUCAUAAGAAAAGUUAUGAAUAAAUGUUAGUACAAAAGAAUUUUUAUUGAAAUAAUCUACCAAAAUUGAGAGAAAGAGUGCCACACUUUGUACAUUUCUUUAGUAUAUAUAUUUUGUUUAACUACAAAGAAAGCAUUUUUAUAUUUGUUGCACCUUUUUGGUUACAUGUAUUUAGAGCUAAACAGUGUGAUUACUCUCAAGUAAUAUUCUUAGAAUUAAUUUGAGUAGAUAGUUUUUGUUAUUUGGAAGAUAUUCAUUAACUAAACAAGAAAACUUAUAAAGAAAUGUCUGUUAAUGAUUAUUUGAAAUUAAUUCAGGUACUUGUAGUUGUUAGUUGUAAUUAAAAAAUUUCUAGAACAGUACAAUUUUGUAGAAUUUGCUUUUUCCAGUUUAACUUUCUUUCCUCGUUUAACAUUCGUAAAACAAAGGCCUAUGUUAAAAGUGUAACAGUUUUAAAUAUAUUGCAUUUAUUUUUAAAGUUGAUCUAUGUUUUCACAAUUAUUUUUCUGGGUUUUGAAUAUAUAAUAAAUAAAAUGUUCAUUUACUACUAAUUUAAACAAUAUUGGUGAGAAAAAAAUUUUAUUCCUGUAUGAAAAGUUAUUUAAAAAAUUAAUUCAUAAAAAUAUUUUUUUUUCUUUAAUAUAUUUUUUUUCUAGUUAUUUGUGGUUUUGUAACUAGUCUUUCAAAAUUGUAAAUAUGUGUUGAUACUUUUUGUUUUUCAUGCCUAUGUGAUAAAGUUAUAUUUUUUGUUUCCUAAACUUGAAACGUGUGCCUUAUAUUUUUGAAAGUGUUAUAAAUACUGUGAUUCGAGCACAUAUAUGGAAUAAAAGAAACUUUUAUAUCUUC